CAACCUCCCAAACCACUAGGAUUACAGGCAUUAGGCACUGUGCCCAGCUGGAAGGCUUUAUUCUUAAUCAGCCCCCUGCUGUGUGUGCUUUGGGAAGAGGUGCUAUGUAUUUUCACGGCUCAGUUUCCUUAUCUGUAAAAUAAGACUGUUACCCUUUUCCCAGUGGGCAGCAUGGCUGACCAUCCUUUUUUUUUUUUUUUUGCAUUUAGGUGAGGUAAGACUGCCCUGGAAUUUAUAGCAGUAGUGUGUAUGUGUGUUUUCUUGAGUGUGCAGGAGUAUAUGGGAAUUUCAAAGUAGGAUGGAAUGACUUCUAGGUGUGUGAAUGUGGGAAUUAUGGUCAGCCCUGGGUUCUCAUGCCUUCUUUCUUUCCUAUGAGGUCUUUACAGAGACCCAGUCUGCCUUCAAGAAAAGACAGAAGUAGAAAGGAUGGUGGCUGAUUGUCUGACAAAUUGUUAUCAGACAUGUUAGGCGGCUCAAGCCGGCAUGUGUGUGUUGCUUUAAGGAUUCAGUGACCUUUGAUGAUCUGGCUGUGGACUUCACCCCAGAAGAAUGGAUGUUACUGGACCCAACUCAGAGAAACCUCUACAGAGAUGUAAUGCUAGAGAACUACAAGAAUUUGGCCACAGUAGGAUGUCAGCUCUUGAAACCCAGUCUGAUCUCUUGGUUGGAACAAGAAGAGUCUAGGACAGUGCAGAGAGGUGAUUUCCACGAAUGGAAAGUGCAACUUAAAACCAAAGAGUUGGCCCUUCAGCAGGAUUUUUUGGGGGAGCCAACCUCUAGUGGGAUUCAAAUGAUGGGAAGCCACAAUGGAGGGGAGCUCAAUGAUGUUAAGCAGUGUGGAGAUGUCUCCAGCGAAUACUUAUGCCUUAACACACAUGUGAGAACUCAAAAUAGUGAGAGCGCAUUUGAGUGUCAUCAGUAUGGAGUAGACUUCCUUACCCUACGCAAGAGAACCUCUUCCGGAGAGCACUGUUCUGUGUUUAAUCAGUGUAGAAAAGCCUUCAGCCUGACUCCAGAUGUUGUUUACCAGGGAACAUGCAUAGGAGAGAAAGCUUUUGAUUGCAGUGACUCUGGGAAAUCCUUCAUUAAUCAAUCACACCUUCAGAGACAUUUAAGAACUCACAAUGGAGAAAGUCUCCAUGAAUGGAAGGAAUGUGGGAGAGGCUUUAUUCACUCCACAGAACUUGCUGUGCAUAUACAAACUCGCAGUUCAGAAAAACCCUACAAAUGUAAGGAAUGUGGAAAGGGCUUUAGAUAUUCUGCAUACCUUAAUAUUCACAUGGGAACCCACACUGGAGACAUUCCCUAUGAAUGUAAGGAGUGUGGGAAAGCCUUCACUAGGUCCUGUCAGCUUACUCAGCACAGAAAAACUCACACUGGAGAGAAGCCUUAUAAAUGUAAGGAUUGUGGGAAAGCCUUCACUGUUUCCUCAUGCUUAAGUCAACAUAUGAAAAUUCACAUGGGCGAGAAGCCUUAUGAAUGCAAGGAAUGUGGAACAGCCUUCACUAGAUCUUCUCAACUUACUGAACAUUUAAAAACUCACACUGCAGAGGACCCCUUUGAAUGUAAGACAUGUGGAAAAUCCUUUAGAAAUUCCUCAUGCCUCAGUGAUCACUUUCGAAUUCACACUGGAAUAAAACCCUAUAAAUGUAAGGACUGUGGGAAAGCCUUCACUCAGAACUCAGACCUUACCAAGCAUGCACGAACUCACAGCGGAGAGAGGCCCUAUGAAUGCAAGGAAUGUGGAAAGGCCUUUGCCAGAUCCUCUCGCCUGAGUGAACAUGUAAGAACUCACACUGGAGAGAAACCUUUUGAAUGUGUCAAAUGUGGGAAAGCCUUUGCCAUUUCUUCAAAUCUUAGUGGACAUUUGAGAAUUCACACUGGAGAGAAACCCUUUGAGUGCCUGGAAUGUGGGAAGGCAUUUACGCAUUCCUCUAGUCUUAAUAAUCACAUGCGGACCCACAGUACGCAAAAACCAUACACGUGUAUGGAAUGUGGCAAAGCCUUUAAGUUUCCCACAUGUGUGAAUCUUCACAUGCGAAUCCACACUGGAGAAAAACCCUACGAAUGUAAACAGUGUGGGAAAUCCUUCAGUUACUCCAAUUCGUUUCAGUUACAUGAACGAACUCACACUGGGGAGAAACCCUAUGAAUGUAAGGAGUGUGGGAAAGCCUUCAGUUCUUCCAGUUCCUUUCGAAAUCAUGAAAGAAGGCAUGGAGAUGAGAAACUGUCAGGGUAAGGAAUGUGGGGAAACCUAAAGGUGUCCCUGUUCUCACUGAAUACAUGAAAACUCACUGGGAGAAACCCUAUGAAUGUAAAAAUGUGGAAGCAGCUUUGUAUCUCAGGUCUUCAUGAACGCAUAUGAAUUCACAGUGGAGAAGACCCUGCAUCAGUAGGGAAUAUGGAAACCACUUCACUGAAUUCCCAAGCCUUACCAAACACAUCAGAAAUCUCACUGGAGAGAAACCCUGUGAAUGUAGAGAAUCUGGGAAUUCCUUUCUGAAUCUCACAAACCUUAAUGUGCAUAUGUGAACUCACAUUGGAGAGAAACUCUGCAAUUUAAAUGGUAUGGUCUGGAUGACGCCCCACUCCACAUUUUUAAGCCCUAAGUCCUGGUUCCUUACAAUAUAACUGUAUUUGGGUAUAAGGUUUUCAAACAGGUGAGUAACUUCAAAUGAGGCUGUUAGGUUCGAUCCCUAAUCUAACAUCAUUGAUGUCCCUAUGAGAGAAAGUGAAGGAAGGAUACACAUGGAGAAGACUGUGAACCCACCGGAAGGUGGCCAUCUGCAGGCCAAGGACAGAGACCUGGAACGGAUGCUUUCAUUGUGGCCUCCAGAGGAAACCAACCCUGUCUUCACCUUGAUAUCGGACUUGCAGGCUCCACAACUGUGAGGCAAUAAAUUUCUCCUGGUGAAAUCA